AACUCGGAAGUCCGGCAACGCUCCGAGGUCUUGUACGGAUUCCCUGGUCCUAGCCGGUCUGCGUCCCUAGGGACCGCGGAGGAACGCUUCCCAAUAGAAAGCGGUUUUGGUCGUGGACUCAGUCUUUUGUCACUGCCAGUGGUGCCCGGAGAGGUUUGGGAUCAGAACUACAUGGCCCAUGCAGAAGAGAAGAAAGACAUAGACUCCAUGUUACUCACUAUUUCCUGAGCACAGAAGAAGAUGAUCGAGGCGCAGGAGUUACUGACAUUGGAGGAUGUGGCCGUGGACUUCACCUGGGACGAGUGGCAGCUCCUGGGCCCCACUCAGAGAGACCUGUACCGGGAUGUGAUGUUGGAGAACUACAACAACUUGGUGUCACUGGGGUAUCAAGAUCCCAAUCCAGAUACACUCUCCAAGCUGAAACAUGGAGCAGAACCAUGGAUAAUAGAGGAUGGAAUUCACAAUGGAUCCUGUCCAGGAAACAGGAAAGUUGGCAGUCAUCUACUAGAGCACUCCCCAAACCAAAGGUUUCUGAAGAGCAGGCAACAAUGCAGUGAACAGCAUGCAUUUAGAAAUAGUGUUCAUCUGAGCAAAACACUUUUUGCUCUAAUGCAAAAUCAUUUGUUUGACUUACGCAGAAAAGCUUUUAAAUCAGGUUUAAAUGUAGUUAACCAGAAGGGAAGAUACAAAAUGGAAAACCCUGUUGAAUGUAAUGGAGAUGAGAUAUCCUUUCUACAUGGUAAUCAUGAGCAGUCCUACUCUGGAAGUGAAUUUCCCGAAAGUGCAAAACACAGCAGCACUAAAUUCCAACUCCUUGAACAUCAGAGGACUCACAAAAUAGAGAAGCCCCAAGCCUGCAGUGAAGGUGAGAAAACCUGCAUCAGAAAGUCUUGGCUCAUUUACCACGAGAGCAUUCAUACAGGAAAGAAACCCCGUGGGUGUGAUCCACGUGGGACAUCCUUCUCCAGAAAUGUCACGUUCACUAAACAUCAGAAAACUCAUACACGAGACAAACCCCAUUUAACCAUCAAACGCAGAAAAGGCUCUGCUGUGAAGAGCGGUCCCGCUGUCCAUCAGCAAACCCCAGCAGGAGAGAAAUCCUAUAUAUGUAGUGAGUGUGGGAAAGGCUUCACGAUGAAGCGCUAUCUGAUUGCGCAUCAGCGAACUCAUAGUGGAGAGAAACCUUAUGUCUGUGGGGAAUGUGGGAAGGGCUUCACCGUGAAGAGCAACCUCGUCGUGCACCAGCGAACUCACACGGGGGAGAAGCCCUAUGUGUGCAGUGAGUGUGGGAAGGGCUUCACAAUGAAGCGCUAUCUUGUAGUGCACCAGCGAACCCACACGGGGGAGAAGCCCUAUGUGUGCAGUGACUGUGGGAAGGGCUUCACCGUGAAGAGCAACCUCGUCGUGCACCAGCGAUCUCACACGGGGGAGAAAUCAUAUAUAUGCAGUGAGUGUGGGAAAGGCUUCACCGUGAAACGCACCCUCAUCAUCCAUCAGCGAACUCACACAGGAGAGAAAUCUUACUUAUGUAACGAAUGUGGAAAGGGCUUCACCACAAAGCGCACUCUCGUCAUACACCAGCGAACUCAUACGGGAGAGAAACCCUAUGAGUGCAGUGAAUGUGGGAAAGCCUUCAGCCAGAAGAUAUGCCUCAUACAACAUGAGAGGUGUCAUACCGGGAAGACACCCUUUGUGUGUACUGAGUGUGGAAAGGCCUACUCCCAUAAGUAUGGUCUCAUUACCCAUCAGAGAAUUCACACCGGAGAGAAACCCUACGAGUGCAGUGACUGUGGGAAAGCCUUCACCACGAAGUCGGUACUCAAUGUCCAUCAAAGAACUCACACAGGAGAGAGGCCCUACGGAUGCUGCGAUUGUAAGAAAGCCUUCUCCCACUUGUCAAACCUUGUUAAACAUAAGAAAAUGCAUGUAAGGGAAACGGGUAGAUUGAGUCAAGGUGGAAGUUCCUUUAACAGAGAGUCACAGCUCAUUACAUGAGUGAACUCAUGCAGAACAAGAGCCCUGUUAAUGGGGAAGUGCCUCCUGUGGCAGCUUAGACUUCAUGGAAACACCGCUGUUUCUAGCAGAUCAGAGCGUGAUCGUGGUACUGCGUGUUACCUGACGUGCGCCCUGAGGAGGUGGAAGAAUUCGCCCAGGAGACAAGCCUGGUGAACACAGUGGAUGUGGGAGUGUCUUUAGCGAGCUGACCUCAUGUUUUCUGCCAGUGAAAACAGGUUGGAAAACCGAUACCUUCAAUGCGGAGAUGCCUUGGGCAAAACUUUCUAGAUUCAUUCUAUGUCUGAGAAGUAGACACAGAGACCGGUUCUGUGAAUGCAAAGACUGGGAAAUUCUUCAGUGGGAAGAUAGACUUUAUUAUCAGGGAUCAUCAGUGAUCAUCGGUGAGCUCAUUGUUCAUAGAAAUGUGAUUUUAAAAAAAAUGACUGUGGGCAAGUUUUUACUCACGAAGAAGACCUCAGUGAAUUUCACGGUUCACACUGGAGAAAAACUUAGAAGAGGACAAUACAUAUGGCAAGAUUCAGUGGUACUUUCUUCGUUAUUUGUCAGGAAAUCAUAGAAAUUAAAACUUAAGUAAAUAAAUAAAUCUAGUUACCCCAAAAAAAAGCUUUAAAAGAUUAAGAGGAGGGAGGGUAUAGCUCAGUGGUAGAGCACGUGCUUAGCAUGCAUAAGGUUCCAUUAAAAAAUAAUUAAAAUAAUAAACUUAAUUAUCUGCCCCUGCAAAAAAAAAAAAAAAAGCAGCAGUUUGCUUUUAUCAGCACUGAUUAGUUUUUAUUGCUGUAUACAACGCAGGAGUGUUCUGUGCCUACCCCCAUAUGUGAUUAGCUUUUAGUUUUCUUUGGCUCUAAACACAGUUGUAAAUUCAGCCUACUGAACUACUUUAAAAGGAAACUCAAAAUGAACACAUAUUUGCACUUGCUUAGUUUAUAAAUGUGACAAAAUAUUUUACAAAACCACUUUCAAAGUUAUUUUUAUAAAAUGUAUAAUUUGAAAUCAGUUUAUCUUACAAGAAAAUUCAGUAGUCCAGAAACUUCCCCUAGUAUCCUUUACCCAACUUUUCCCAGUAAAAACAUUUUAUGUAAGCAUAUAAUAUUACUGAAUCCAGGAAAGUGACAUUGGUAGUAUACUAAGUCCCUAACCUCUGGAAUUUGGAUUUCAAUAGAUUUUACAUGAAUUUUUUUCUAAGUUUAUAAUUCUAAGAUCCUUUAUUACAUGUAUAGAUUUCAUGUAACCCCCCCCCCAGGACAUAAAACUGUUAAUAAUCAACACAGACACCCUCAGGGGAGGGUGUAGCUCAGGGGUAGAGGGCAUGCCUAGCAUGCAAGGGGUCCGGCGUUCAAUCCCCAGGACCUACAUUAAAAAUAAAUAAAUAAGCCUAAUUAUCUCCCCCCCAAAACAAAACAGAAACCCCACAGACAUCCUCAUUCUACCUUUUUGUGCUCACACCCUCUAUCCAAACCUACCUCUGGCAACCACGUAUCUGUUUUCCAUCAAUAUAAUCUUGUCACUUUAUGAAUGUUAUCAAAAUAAUUUUUAUAACUGGGUUUUAUUCAUUUUAUAUAAGUAAGCUGUAUUUAUUCAAAUUUAUAAUUUUUAUUAAUAAGGAACAUGUAAGCCUUUUAUGUUUUUGUCACUCAACGGAUUGCUCUUAAGAUUUAUUUGAGUUGAAUUGCUUUAUCAGUAUUAGUGAGUAGUAUACAUACUGGAUGUAACUUUAUCCAUUCACUCUUUGAAGAAAUUGGUGUUGUUUCCUGGUUUCAGCUGCUAUAAAUAAAGAUGCUAUAAAUCUUCAUCCAA